CCAAGCAGCCAGAAUAAUCCAGACUGAGACUGCAGACAUGAAACAGGACACAGUUAGACUGAGGACAAAGUCUGAACGAGGCCAAAAAGACACUUGGAGGACCCGACUACCACACAAGCUUGAUUAGCUGUAUAUUCAUACCAGAGAGGUGGAUGUGGUGAGAUGGUACCACAUUACACUCACUGCUCUGAAGCCACAUCCUGAGUCACUGAACCGACGGUGACGUUUCACACGCCGCCUGCACUUCUUCUACUCUGCCUUCAUCCACCGCCUCAGUCGCUGGCGUCACUUCUUCACACUGUGCAUCAGGCACUAAGAACACAGCGUCUGGUUUUCCCCGGUGCCUGACAGGGAGUCCCCAUGGCUCUCAAGCCUGUCUUCUUACUGUGGGCUCUCACUCUGUGUGUUCGGGACGCUGCAUGUAUGUGCAAUGUCACCUGCUCUACGAACUACAUAAACUCACUAAACUGCUCCUGCUCUGGCUCCAUGCCAGCGCUUCCUGUCACUCUUCAUGUCACCUGCAGUAACGAAGACACAGACGUCAGCGGCAGCUGUGUGCUGGAGCCUCCUCGCUCCUGGUGCAUCAUCUUCCAGGAGGACCUGUUUGACGUCACCACCGUGGGAACACAAUGUUCUGCGCUCAGUCAGAACCAGAGGUCUGCAGAGCCCGCCGGGCCGUUCACAUGGGCCCUGGCUGAUGUGGUGAAACCUGAACCUCCUUUUGGAGUGAGAGUGACGAAGACUGCUGAGUCCCUCAACAUCACCUGGAGCAGCAACGACAGCAGCUACCCCCUGAAAUACAGGGUCCGCGUAAGAACUGCCGCAGACUUCAAGAAUCAGCUGAAUUUUUCUACGAAUGAGAACAACAUUGAGAUCAACCCCAAACAGCUGCGGGAAGAUGUGGUUUACGUGGUGGACGUUCAGGCCAAACUUCAGGCUGUUUUCCUUCUGGGUCCAUGGAGUGAAUGGAGUUCUGCUGCUGAGUUUAGGACUGCUGGUACUGAAGAAAUGAAUUUUCUGUGGUUGUGUAUCUCCAUGCCCAUCAUUGGCGUCCUCCUCGUCCUCUUGGUGCUGGGAUACUUACAAAAACCGUGCUGGCAGAAAAAACUCCGGAUGAUUACGUACAUCCCCAGGCCCAGUGAAUAUUUCAAGCCUCUCUACCUCAACCACGAAGGAAACUUUAAGGAGUGGGUGAAGCCCAACUUCAAAGAGUACGACUACCUAAUGAUCGACCCAGCUUUGCAGAUCUCCAGUGAGAAGCAGAGCGUCCUCCACUGGAAAAACCAGGAGCAGAGCUUCGAUGCGUACGAGACGAAGGAAGGCGGCGGUUUCCUUCACACGCUCGGAAACCUGCUGCAGGACGACAGCAGCUCCCAGAGCAUCGCCCACUCCACCGGACACAUCUCCAUCUACACCGUCACCCUGUCAGGGGAGGAGUUUGAGGAGGAGGUCUCGUCUCAGAGCUCCCUCAGAAGUUACCAGGAUGGAGAAAGCUCGUUUGGAGCUUCUGACAGAGACCAGGCUGGCUAUCGGCUGGAGAUCGUGUCCGUGAGGAGCAGACAGAGUAGGAUAUCACUACAGAGCCAAGCUCGAAUCGUCAACGAUUCGUCGAUGGAGAACCUAAACUACGAGGCCGACGCCCCGUUUAACGUGGCCGAGAGGGUCUCGCUGAACUCGUUUGUGUCCAACGAGCAAUCAGACGACGGCUACCCUCGUGUGGACUUGGACACCAUCGACAGCGGGUUCGGGGAGUGCGGCAGCCCCGGAGCCUCGGAUUCAAACCCAGUGGAGCAGAUGGACUCAUUUCACGAGCACAACCACUCCAAUUACGUCAGGCAGUGGAACAUUUGUAGGACAAUUCUGGAAGAUCCCAGUAACACGAACAAUGAACUCCAUGAGAAACUGUAGCUUCUGUUUAAGAAGCCCCUCCUUUGUAAAGGUCACCUGGUCUGAGCUUCUCUAAAGCUAGGACUGAACGGUGGAAACAAAGGUUGGAGAUGGGACCCCCCCCCUCCCAUGCCCCAAAUGAUUGACAAGUGUGGGCAGGGAUUGCAUUUGUCAAUUAAAGCUAAAACAAAGUAAAUAUUUGUUCUGCAGCUGUGUGGGAACCUAUCAGUGUGUGAAAAAAAAAGAAAACUUUUCUAAAACACUGGAUUAAAAUAAAGUAAAAAUUCCACCACAUUAAAUUUCAGCUCAGUAUGUAUAUAAACAGCUGAAUUGUAGCCAUUUGAGUUUUGCAUUGGUGGAAAUCUUGGAUUUUUUAAAUUAUUUUAGAAUCUGUUAAAAUUAGCAUUAGCGGUUAGCUUAAAUUGGGACUAGAUCAUUCUUGACUACAUCAACAAGUUUUUAGCUUAAUUAGUUUUUGAAGUAGCUAAAUUAUAGCCAUUUAAAUUUAGUUUUAGCUUUAGUUUUCUUUAUUUACAUGUGCCUCCCAGAUACCUUGGCCACCUCCGUGCCACCCCUUGAAAAACAAAAACCUGUAGCUCCGCCCCUGCAGCCAAAGGCUCAUAUACAACACUGUUUAUUUUGUUUGUUUUCAGCUAAUGUGUGUUUUUCCUUUAUCAAAAUCUAACAAUGAUUUUGUAACGUAAAUAUUCAUAUAUUUUAAAACCGUUAGCAGAACUUAUAUGCUUAAAAUACAACAUAAAUAUGUAAUGUACAUGCAGUACAAACAGAACACAGUGAUUUGAGAACUGUCAUAAACCUGCUUAUUGUUCAGUAAAAUAAACACGUUGAAUCUCAGAAAUUGAAACUUAACAGAGAAAAAUAACUGGAUUUGAUGACAUCACAUUCCCUCUUUUUUAUCAUCAUGAGUUUAAAAAUGUUCAGGAGCUGAGGAGACCGGUUCUGAAGGGUUUUGGACCGGGACGUUGUCUCGUUCCUCUCUGAUGAAGGUUUAUAAUUGUUCAACCGUCCUUAUCGGGUUUUUAACUGGACGGGAGCAGAAGCUGUUCUGAAACAUGGAAAUAUUUUCUGCAUCAUGCUGCCUUUUUACACGGGUAAGCUGUCCAUGUGUAGUGAAUUACUCUAUGAAACUCAGGACCAGCCUAACCUUCACAAAAUAAUCCUUCAAGAUCUUGCAAAAUGAAAUCAGGUUUUAAUGAAACACACCUCUGAUCAUGAAUGA